GCUUGCUUUUCAUUCUAAUCAGAUAUGCGACCUGAUGUUUGGAUUUAGCUGACCGAUACUGAUGUUUAAUAAGGCAGACACAAUGAAAAAAGUUGGACUUAUUGGGCUGCUACUGUUACCCCAGGCAAAGUCGUCGUCAGAGUGUCAUUCUCAUGUUAAUCUUGUGAAAGAGGAGGAAAAGUGCAUGACUGAUCUGCUGCUUUUUAAGUCACAUAAAGCAACAGAAAACAAUAUCAGUGUACACUGUAAGGGAAUGUGGGAUGACCUGAACUGCUGGCCACAUGCGUCUCUUGGGGAAACCGUCUCUCAGCCGUGUCCGGAGUUUUUCAACUCGGAAGGUGAAGUACACCGUAACUGCACUGCCAGUGGCUGGACAGACCCACUCGUCCCACAUGAAGACGCAUGCGGCUACACUUUCAAUGAGACGCUCCACUUUCUUGGAGAGUCCUCAGAUGCCCAUCUGUAUUUCUCCCACGUGAAGACCAUGUACACGGCCGGGUACACACUCUCCCUCAUCUCCCUCUCCAUCGCCGUCACCAUAUUCUGCCUGUUUAGGAAGCUGCACUGCACCAGGAACCACAUCCACAUCCAGCUGUUUAUCUCCUUCAUCCUGAGAGCCAUCUUCAUCUUCGUCAGAGACUCUCUGCUAUUCACCAAUGAAGAGCUCUACCACUGUGACUACUACCCAGUGGCAUGCAAGGUCGCGCUCAUGUUUUCCAACUACUCCAUCCUGGCAAACUACAGCUGGCUGCUGGCGGAGGGUCACUUCCUCUUCACCCUGGUGAGCCGCUCCUUCUUCUCCCUGAAGAAACACCUCGCCUGGUACAUCGUCCUGAGUUGGGGCUUACCUUUGAUUGUCAUUGUCUCCUGGGGAUGUGCCAAGUAUUUUUAUGAAGACAAAGGCUGUUGGGAAACCAGGAAAAAUGAAUGGAUUUGGUGGAUACUUCGAGUGCCAGUUCUUCUGACUAUAUCCAUGAAUUUCAUCUUUUUCUUGGGCAUUUUGAGGAUACUGGUGAACAAACUCCGAAUGCCAGAUGCAUUAAGGAAUGAAUUCUGCCAGUAUAAGAGGCUGAUCAAAUCCACUUUUUUUCUUGUGGCUCUGUUUGGUCUGCAUUACAUCCUGUUUGUUUUCCUGCCCGUUGAAGUCAGCAGCUCAGUGUUUAAGAUAUGGAUGUUUGCCGAGCUCGCUCUGUCAUCCACGCAGGGUUUUGUGGUCGCCGUGCUCUACUGCUUCAUGAAUGGAGAGGUGCAGCAGGAGUUUCAGAGGAGGUGGCGGAGGUGGCGGCUGACUCAGCACCUCCCCAGCCGCCGCCGGCAGCAGCACGGCUCCAUCAGCCACAGUGGGUCUCCCCACACACAGGUAUCCCUGCUGCCCUGCUCCUCGGGCAGCCCGGUAACCAGCGGACUCCCCGUGGACACGGUGGAGAUGUGACUCAAGCUUAGACCGGCUCAUUUCCUCGCUCUCCUCGUCAAUAGAUAACGGAUCCUGGAGCUUAGUGCUGACGGCCAAUUAGUACACAACUGCAGCUUGAGUAUUUAAUACUGUCAAAUGCAUAUUUUUCUAAUCUCUGAAGUGUUUUUAUUUAGCAACAUAAGGAUUUAAAAUACACUGUUGAGGCCCAGUUAGUAAGCUGGAGGGCUUAGACUACGUUUAUUUGAUGAUUUUACUAAAUACUGUCUGGAAAUGAUUUGUAAAUGCCCAGAAGUAACAGAUAGAAAAUUGAAAAACUAAUUAAAGGGGUACUGCAUUAAUUUAGUAUUGCACCUUUACAUUUUGGGGACUUGAAUGACACAGAUUAUAAAAAGAAUAAGUAGAGACUAAUAGACCCUGCCCUUUUGUCCCUAGUAUGGUUAAAGCUCCAAAAACCCACUUGAUCCUACAUUUGCCAUAAUGCAACUUAACAUCAUCUUUUCAGAAAUGUCUUUCGAACUCAAUGCCCCCAAUUUGUAACGAAGGCUUCCUGUUAAAAAAAAAAAAAAAAAAAAAAAGAAGUAUCAAGCCUGGUCUGAUGACACCACUGUGACAUCACAAGGGUUGCUUUUCAGACUACUGAGCAACCAACACAGUCGAACACAACAAU